AUGAGCCCCGACAAUCUAUACGGCUACACGCCGUCCAUUCCGGCAGCUGUGAUUUUCGCCGUCCUUUUUUGUGGCACAACACUUGCUCAUCUUAUUCAGAUGAUGAAAUUUCAAUGCUGGUACUUCCUACCUUUCACAACGGGCGGUAUUUUUCAAAUCGUUGGAUACGUUUGUCGCGUGGUCGCUCACUAUCACCUGAGCUCAAUUCCAAUAUACGCGAUGCAGUCGGUGUUGAUUCUCCUGGCGCCCCCUCUCUACGCCGCCUCAAUCUAUAUGGUCCUCGGUCGGAGCAUCGUACAUCUCCAUGCUGAAAAGUCGAGCCUGAUCCCUGUGCGCUGGCUGACCAAGAUCUUCGUCUCCGGCGAUGUAUUCUCCUUUUUGCUCCAAUCUGCCGGCGGAGGAUUGAUGGCAACAGGCAAAGAAAGUUCAUACAACACCGGGUCCUACGUUGUGAUCGGAGGCCUAGUCGUUCAGCUCAUCUUCUUCGGAGUUUUCGUGAUGGUCGCAGCGUGCUUUCAUUACCGUAUGCUGAGGGAGAUUGGCCAAAAGACCGAAGAAGAUCGUCAACGCAGGGAGAGCGUCCGACGCCGAUCGAGCUGCGUUGCUGUGCUCUGGACUUUAUACACAGUGAGCGCUCUCAUUCUGGCGCGAUCGGUGUUUCGUCUUGUGGAGUAUAAAACUGGGUACAACGGAUACAUCAUGACCCAUGAGGUCUUCGGAUACAUUUUCGAUUCACUGCUGAUGUUCUUGGUCAUGAUUGUCAUGAACCUCUACCAUCCCGCUGCGAUCAUCGGGACUGGAAAAGAAGACGCCGAGCUCCAAGCCCAACGUAACGGAAACGUUUGGCUUUAG